AUGGUGGCGUCCAUUGAUAAGAAAGCCCACGAGCAUAAUUGCAUUUUCAAAUUGGACAUGAUGAAGGCUUUCGACAGAGUGUCGUGGUGCUUCCUAUGGCGCCUGCUCCAGAAGUUUGGUUUUGGUUAUCGGUUUAUUUUGCUAGUUUUGAAUAACCUCUCUCAGAGUUGGUUUUCUGUGCUAGUGAAUGGCAGGUCCAGGGGUUUCUUUCAGGCCUCACGUGGGAUUAAGCAAGGUGAUCCCCUGUCCCCUAUCCUUUUCAUCCUUACAUCUGAGGCCCUUAGUAGGGGAUUAAAAGCACAGGCAACGGAUGGCAGGAUUGCCCACUAUGCACUGCCAAAGGGCGGCAUUCGUAUCACGCACUUGUCCUUUGCGGACGAUGUUGUGAUUUUUGCUCGGGGGGAUAGGCGCUCUAUGGUGAAUCUGGUCCAUUUUUUAACACUCUACCAAGAAGGGGCGGGACAAUGGAUUAACAAGCAAAAGAGUUUCUUCAUAGCAUCCAGGCGGUGUAGCACGGGCCAAAUACGUCACAUCCAACACUUGACCGGCUUCAAACAGGGUACUUUCCCUUUCACCUAUUUGGGAUGCAACCUGUUUGUUGGCCACAGGAAAAAGGAAUACUUCCAGUUCCUGGUCGACAAAUUCAUUGCUAAGCUAGCGGCCUGGCAAACAAAGUUCCUUUCGCCCGGUGGUCGCUUGAUCCUGAUCAAACAUGUUCUCUCAGCCAUCCCAUCGCAAGUGCUGGCGGUCAUGGAUCCCCCCAAGGGGCUGCUCAAAUGCCUCGAAGGCCUCAUGGUAAAUUUCUUUUGGGGACAAUCGGAGUUGGGUCCUAAGCAUCAUUGGUGCUCCUGGAGGAACUUAUGUUAUCUGGUGAAUGAGAACGGACUUGGGGUGUGUUCUUUGGAAGACAUACUAGGGGCAUUCAGCUGCAAAUUGUGGUGGAGGUUUUGUAACUCAGCUUCCCUGUGGGCCGAUUAUAUGAGGUCUCGUUACCCCAUGGACGGUGGUGUCCAGCUUACGGUUUCACGAGUUUAG